UUAAUUAUUCAUUAGGGUAUUUCCCCAGCCUGGUAUUCCCAGCGAUUGGCUGACGGGAUUUCCAGCGCAACUAUAUAAAAAUCUGCACCGAAAAGCUGGGAAACACACCCACUCUGCGAUCACAACUGGUCAGUGGUGUCCUGUCGUCGUUUUUCGGUGCGAAUACAAGCUUCGGUCACCCCGCUAACAACACAACGGCAUCGUCAAGGUCACCUAGCGAGUCACCUGUGCCAAGUGAACCUACCAUGCCUGUGGCAGCAGUCCCAGACAACUCCCGUGACCGGCUCCGGCCCUGGCUGUACGGCAUGAUAGACCGCGGGGAGGUCCCGGGCGUGGAGUGGAUCGACGCCGCCGCCAAGAAGUUCAAGAUCCCUUGGAAGCACGCCGGGAAGCACGAGUACGACCAGGACCGGGACUCCAAGCUGUUUAAGGAAUGGGCCGUCCACACCGGGAAGUUUCGGCCGGGGAUCGACAAGCCCGAGCCGGCUGUGUGGAAGACCAGGCUGCGGUGCGCCCUGAACAAACACCCCAAAAUUCACGAGGUGAAGAAGGAGAGUCAGCCAGAAGACCCCAUCAACCCCUACAAGGUCUACGUCUUCUCGGACAAACCAAUCAAAAGUGAUGGCAAGGAGCGGCAUCGGUCGGGCAGUGUGUCCAGCGGAAACAGCUCGGACGGUUACGAAGAUUCCCGAAGUCCCGAAGAAGCCGUCACUCUCGCUGCGCCCCAACAGAUCAUCACUGCGGUGACGACCAGCGGAGUCUGCCUGGGGAACUCUCCCCCGCGUAUCCAGACCUUCGCAGGACCACAGACACAGACCUACACCACCGCAACAGCCAGUCUUGGAGACACAGCACUGACUUCGUCUGUGCGAGAGGACUCCUUACAGAAGAUCCUGCAGGACCUGUUGAGCCAGCCUGGGCGCGGGGAUGGAGACCAGACCAUGGCGGAGCUGCUGCAGGGUAUGGAGGGGCAGCAGUUCACCUUACAGGAGGUGGCCAUGGACGUCACCACAACAGAAAGUCCUGCUGUCAUCACGGAACCGCUCUAUACAAGCCCGCCGAUCAGGAUUGAGACCCAGCAGCUGGCUAACGUGGACAUGAACCAGCUCACAGUCGGGGCGGAGGUCACGUGUGACGAGGACAUGGAGACUGAUGACGUCACGACCAAGCCGGUCGCCGCGGUCGCCCCAGAGCUCAGGAUUUACCCAGCUCAUGAGCUGGACAUCGAGGUUAUCUACUACAAGGCCGGGAAAGUCUUCCAGCACCACGUGACCGACCAGAGAGGGUGUCGCCUGUGGUUCGGCGACCGAAACCAGCCCAACCUCAGACAGACCGUGGACCCAACCCUGUCCUCCUACCUGUACGGCCCCGCCGACGCGGAACAGAUCCUGCUGCCCCCGCGCCAGCCCUCCGGCAAGCAGAAGGACGACGACGUCGUGCAGGGUCUGCUCGUCAACAUGGAGCGCGGGCUCGUGCUGACCACGGACAACGGCAACAUCUCCGCCACCCGCCUCUGCAAGACCAAAGUCUUCUGGAAGAGCAACGACAACCGUAACCGGCAGGCAGAGCGCCUGGAGAGGGAACAGAGGGUGCUGGUGUUCGACUACCAGAACUACCUGAGGGAACUGAGCGCCUACGGAAACAGCGGAGGGCAGAAACCGAAGUCAGAGGUCAUCUUCAGCUUCGGGAAGGGUUGGAGUGACGAGAUCCCGCUGGAGAACACCCCCAUCUACGUCAUCGUGCGCAGCCGCACUGCGCACAACCUGAUGAUGGCUGUCGACAAGGGCGCGACUGACCACGAUGCGCAGAACGCACUGCGCAGCAUCGACGCCAUGGUGUCCAACUCGAACGAGUUCGACAAACUGGCAGUCGACGUCAAGGAAUACGUCAAGGUCAAGGACUUUUAGGUCAAGGUCAACGGCUUUUAGGUUCUGACACUUGUUCACCAUCUCGUAUAUAUCUAAUGUACUCUGGGAGCUUAUUCAGUACCUAGCCUGUCAGUCCACAAACUUAUUUGUAAAUACAAGCAUUCCUAAGGUUUAUCACUCAGUCAAGUAUACAAGUCAAGCACCUGAUAUUAUAGGAACUGUAAUUUGUUUUGAAUGACGCGAAAUGCUUUCUAUUGUCACUUUUUUGCUAAGGCUGCAUUUGAUGUAAUGGUUUGAUUCAUCAUUAAGAUAAAUUAUAGGGAUAAAUGUGUGAUGUGGAAUCAAGACUGAAACUAUAGGUAUGGUGUAUAAUUUUGGUUCUGUAUACUUUGACGAUCUUUGUUAAAAUACCUAAUUGAAGGAGGGUAUACUUUACUUGUUAUUGGUAUAAUUAACAUAAAAGUGUUGUAAUAUCAACGACACAAAAACCAGUUAGCAGUUUAGUAACAUGCAACACCGGAGUGGUAUACCUUUAUAAUUGUGAUGACACUUACAAACUCCUAAACAAUGCUUUAUUAUCAAAAUAGAUAUCGUGCUCACAUACAUAACACCAUCGAAAAGUUGCGUCGUAUAUCGAUAUCAUUGAAAAUAUGUGAAACGAUCUACAUGUAUAUAUGGGUACGUACUUUAAGUUGUAACAUUUCUACAUUGUUACAUUACUUUUGAGCUUGCAAUGCACUUUUUGCCAUAUGUGUUCUGUUUUUGUUUUAUAUAUAUAUAUAUAUAAACUUAAGCUUCUUGCAUCACUCAUACGAGAUGUAGCAAGCACUUGAAAAAUAUGAAAAGUCCCCAGAUUUGAAACAGGUCUGAUAGUGUCUUAAUAAAAGUUUAAUAUUA